AUGGCCUCCGCACCUCCUUCCCCUGCCCUGGUAGGCCGCUCCCGGGCCACUCCCAUCAAGUCAGCCUCGCCAUUUCAUCGAAUCCCUCUAGUACAGGAUUUCAUGUCUUCCUCAUAUCCAGCUACCCGCCCGGUAGCAAACUACAGCCCAAUGUCGGGUGACAUGUCAAGCCUAACGCUGGUCCAUCGAAAUCAUCUAUCAAGCUCGUCAAGUCCGAUGAUGGGCCCCAUUCAAACAUCAGACCCGGGAAUCCCUACUCUACCCAUGACAAAUUCUCCUUUAUCUACCUCACUCGAGAGUCCGGGACCUCUCGAGCUGCCAGAAGCAAUCCUCUCUAUCCCCCUACAACAAAGCCUAACAUAUCCUGCUGAUUUUACACUCAUGAAUACCACGAACAACAACAACAACAACAACGCCGCCGCCAAUAAUGCUAAUACUAACAACAAUAGUAAGGGUCCUGGCCUGAUGCGGAGGAUCUCAAGAGGAGCGGCCAACAAACUCACUCGACGAAGGCGGUCGAAUUCACAGGAUAGACGUGACAAGGACUCCGGCCCCGUUACCAUGCUCAGACGAAGCAAUAGUAAAUCUACCACUUCAGCAUCCCGGGAUAGUGCCCUGGAUUCGAGCUAUGAGGAGGACGAGUCAUGUGACACCCUUGGGACAUGGUGUGGCCCAGACAGCAGCAAGGUCAAGAGCGACUAUCAACGAUCCAUCACCAGCACCGCCAGCGGUGCUGCUCCCAAAGUCGACCCGAUCCUCCAGCGUGGCUGCAGGUUGACCAAGGUAAACAAGCUGAAGCGGAAACCGAUGACAUUCUACCUCGACUUUGACUCAGGAAAGAUCUUCUGGAACCUGUCCAACCCUUCCAAGCGGGUAUAUAUCGAUGAUAUCAAGGAGAUACGACUCCGCGGGGAUGCUCGCAUGUACAGGGAAGAACAUAGGAUACCCGAGGAAUUCGAGAAUCGGUGGUUCACCAUCAUCUACAAUAACUCCGAAGGGUCCAAGAACCGAGCUGUAAAGACCGUUCAUCUGAUCGCCCCUGACGAAGCUAUGUUUGAGCUAUGGACUACGACCCUGGAAAAUGUUGCUCGAUACAGAAUCGGUCUCAUGGUAGGGUUAACCGGUUCUGUUGAAAGCGAAGCUAUCCUUAACGCACAUUGGAAACGGGAGAUGUCCAGACGAGGUGCCCAAGACGCCAAGGCCGGCGCUGAAGAAAGCCUUGACGCAGAGGGAAUCGGAAAUCUAUGCCACAGUCUCCAUAUCAACUGUUCCAAGGAGACGCUGCGGAUCCUCUUUGCUCGGGCCGACACCCUCGGGACCGGACGAGUCAACUUUGCGCAGUUCAGAGAAUUCUACCAACUCCUCAAAUAUCGAAGGGACAUCAAAGACCUUUACGACCGUUUGGUCACCGAUGACGUGCAGGGAAUGACCCUGGAAAACUUUCUAGACUUCGUGCAAUUCACCCAGCGUGAAAAUGUCGAUGGUAACAGGGAUUACUGGGUUUCCAUUUUUGAAAAGUUUGUCCGAAAGGCCCGGCUCAGGUCGCAAAGCCAGUCAGACGCAGUUAUCCCAGAUGAUCUACCAGUUCGUAUGAGCCUGGAUGCCUUCUCCGCUUUCCUGAUAUCGUCUCCAAAUGGCAUCUAUCCUUCCCACGUUCCAGCACCGAACUUCGACCACCCCCUAAAUGACUACUUUAUCUCCAGUUCACACAACACCUAUCUCCUAGGCAGGCAAGUUGCCGGCUUUUCUAGCACAGAGGCGUAUGUCACGGCGCUUCAAAAGGGCUGUCGCUGCGUCGAAGUUGAUUGCUGGGAUGGCGCUGAUGGUCGCCCGAUCGUCUCUCAUGGAAGGACUAUGACUACCAGUGUCCUGUUCGCAGACUGCAUCUCGGUUAUCAACCGCUAUGCCUUUCUUUCAUCUGACUACCCUCUCAUUAUUUCACUUGAGGUACACUGCAACCCAGAACAACAGCUGGCAAUGACCAACAUCAUCAAAUCUACCUUCAAGGAGAAGUUAGUCCUCGAGUCAUUAAGGGAAGACUGGCCUAUCUUACCCAGUCCAGAGGCCCUGAAACAUCGCGUCCUCAUCAAAGUCAAGACUUCUGAAGAAAUCAUCGAUACCGGCCCCGCUACAGUGUCUUCUGGCCUAGUCAGCGGUGGACGCAAACGCAGCUCAAGUUCACCAUUCAUGCCACCGACAGUGAUGGAAGAUCCUCCCCACAACCUUCCUCCUCUCUCUUCACCCCCGACAAUCAGCACAGGAACUGAUCCAGCCCCUCCUCCCCUCGGUAGGCGUGCUUUCACAGCAACCAGCGUCUGCAGUACCUCUGAAGAGAGCGACAUCGGCCAGGGGCCAGCUGUCAUCCAGAAGGAGAAGAAACGAGGCCAAAAGAGCAGAAUCGUCAAGGACUUAGCUGAUCUCGGUGUCUACACUCGCGGAUACAAGUUCCAUAGCUUCCACUCCGCCGAGAGCAAACGGUUCAACCACGUUUAUUCCUUUGCUGAACGAGCAUUCGAAGGUAUCUGUCGAGACUCCGAAAGUAAAGCUCUCCUCGAAUCGCAUAACCGACGCUUCUUGACAAGGGUAUACCCUUCCGGAUUCCGCGUCCGAUCAUCAAAUUUCGAUCCCAACAUCUUCUGGCGCCGUAGCGUGCAGAUGGUUGCUCUCAACUGGCAGACAUAUGAUGUCGGAAUGCAAAUGAAUCAAGCCAUGUUUGCAUCAGGAACCGACCGCACCGGAUACGUUUUGAAGCCAGAAAGUUUGAGAUUGCCGCCUACAUCAUGGAAGGGUCCGGGUCUGAAACCAAAAGUUGAUAGGAAACUGGUCCGGUUCUCUAUAGAUGUGAUUUCUGCCCAGCAGCUGCCCAGGCCCAAAAACAUCGGGCUUAACGAUAACAUUAACCCCUACGUGGAGAUCGAGGUAUUUAGUGCCGACGACAAGACAAAAGGCCUCGCAUUCGGUGAAGGCGGAAUGGAUACAUCUGACCGCAACGGACUGUCUGGUAUCGGCCACCCGCACCGCCGUCGGACAGGCAUCGAACAAGGAAAUGCUUACAACCCUAUUUUCAACGACCAGUUCAAAUUCUCCUUGGAAACGAAGUACCCUGACCUUGUCUUCGUGCGCUGGGUCGUCUGGAACUCCGUCGAUGGCAGAAGCGUCGGUAACAACAGCAGCACCCAGCUAGCUACUUUUACCGCAAAGCUCAGCAGCCUUGCCCAGGGUUUCCGUUAUCUACCGCUCUACGACGGUAAUGGAGACCAGUACCUCUUCUCCACACUGUUCUGCAGAGUGACCAAAAGCGAGCCGUCGCCCGUCAUACCCCCAUUUGACACCGAGGAAACCAAGAACGAACGCCGCGGUAUCUUUAGACAAAUCGGACAGUCCGUACUGAAGCGAGCUAUAUCCAGCGAACGCGACUCAUCCAAGUCCAGCGUAAACUCGGGCGAUCAACCACCUUAA